AUGAGUUUUACUGUUGCUCGCGAUGAUAAUAGGGACAAGCGUGGUUAAAAUCAAACUGAAGUUAUGGAAUAAAGACUUAAAAAAUUAUAUCAGGAUAUUAGCAUCCUUUAAUCCAGAACAGGAAUCAAAAAGUAGCAAGUGAGCUAAAAAAAUCUUGAUUAGUUAAUGUCUCUUUUAAACAAAAAGAUAUAGCAAUAUAGUUUUCCAGACACAAUUAUUGGAUAAAACCACUACAAAUUAGUCUAAAAAGGCAUGGAUGCUCCUUCCCUUGAGCGUAAAUUGCAGGAAUAGAGAUUUUUAGCAGAAAAAGAAUUGAGUAGUAAAUCUAAUUAAGAAAAGAGCCUAUUUUGGAUGGAUAUUGUAUUCUCAAAAGAAGGAAUUGAUACUUAUUUAGAAAACAAUCAAAACUAUUUAAUGUUUAACUCUGUCGAUACUAUGAGAAGCCGUAACUCGAAAGGGGAAACUUUUGCUACUCGUUUGCUUGCAAAAAAAUCCUAACUUCGUGGUAUUCUUGGUGAUACUUAUAGAGGAAAUGUUGCAGCAUUAGCAUCUGCACCAGGAUUUAAGUACGAUUAAUUUCAUCGCUUUGAGUAAGAGUCAUCUUAAAAUAUUGAUGAUUAUAUUAAAGCUAUGAGUUAAUUUUAGUAAGGAAAUUACACAAAGUACUGUGAUUAUCUUGCAAAGAAAUCAAUUGAUUAUAAAGAGGUUUGGUAACUUUUAGAGAAGAUGGUUCCUACAGAUGGAUCAAACAUAUUUAAAAUAAGUAAGAGAUUGCAACGUUUAAGAAAAUCUGGGUAGUAGAAUUAAAAUUAAUUACAAUGCUUGUAAAAUAAUUUCAAUUUGUAAAAUGCUUAUCAUAAUGGUAUUUAGUAUCUCCAAUAAAUUUACCGUAAAAAUGCUAAAUAAAAAAAGCAAAACUUUUAGAGAAUCUACGAUGUUUAUAAUGUUGAUUAGAUCCGUGGUUUUGAUGAUGAUAAUAUCCCUAUAUGGUAAGAAAUUUAUCAGUUAUUUAGAGCUGGUGAUUACGAUGGUAUUUUUAAUCGCUGCCAAUAUUUCUCCAAUGUAAGUGAAAUUUAAGAGUUUUAAAAAGAUCUUGACAUUUGGCUCAAAAGUGGAUAACGUAAAAAUAACUAACUAAGCUAAAAAAUACGUCCUAAUUGGGAUGCUUUCCGUUAUCAAAUAUACCUCAUUAUGAUAAAAGACCCUUCUUGUGUCGACGACGUCUUUAUUGAAGAUUUAGAUGACUGCCUAUGGAUGAACUUAAAAUGCAGUGAAGUUUAUGUUCCUCCUAACUAACAAGAUCCUAUUAAUCCUAUGAACAUCGAAGACGAUAUUGAAGAUUAAUACGAAGUACUUAAUGGAAAUAAUCUCAGCACUAACGUAUUAAAUUAAUCUGUUUAAGAGGAUGAAAAAGAUAAUUUUUAUGAUACUGUUUUAAAAGCAAGCUUAGACAUUUCUCAAGAUGAAAUUCUUCCAGGAGAAGAUGUUUACUCAUGGAUAGACUGGAAUUAGUUGCAAGACUUAAGGAAAAUGCUUUAUGAAUCUUUCAAGGAAUCUCCAGAUGUCUUUAAUCCUUCUCGUGUUCUUAUGAUCUAAUUGCUAACUCUAGAUUUCAUUGGUUUUGUACAAACACUUUUACAAUUAGAAAAAAGUGCUAUCUCUCAACAUGAAUUCACUCAUUUCUUAAUUUUAAUCUUAAAAACUGGUUUGGUGCGUGCUUCUGUUGAAUGUUCUGUCAAAUUUGCUGAAUCUGGAAAUUCAUCCUAUGGAGAAAGUAAGGACAUUCUUGUAAGAAGAUGCAAGGAAUUCGAAGAAAGCGCAGAGAAAAAAAUAAUUCUUUAUGCUAAAGAUAGAUUUGAUAAUUAUCCAGAUACUUGUUUUUCUUAUAUUGAAUCUCUUCCUAUAAAAGUUGAGGAUUAAUUGAAAAAGUAUGCAAAUAUCUAUGUUGGAUCUAAAUAAAAUUUUAUCCAUCUGUUUAAGCCAAACCUUAAUUUCUCUUAAUAGCUUGAUUCUAAUUCAAUGACUUCGAAUAAUAGUCAAUCAUAAAACAGAGGAAAAGUUUUUGACUAAAUUUGUAAAAUAAAUAAUCGUCUAAAAAAGAUAACUUACACAACUAAGGCAUAACUAAGAACAGGAUAGAAUGUUCAAAGCGAAAAUUUACUUACACUUUUAGCCAAAAUAGUAGCAUAAACCUACAUUCAAACAUAGAAUAAGGUAGAAGUAGCUCUUGAAAUUCUUGAUAACGUAGGUGCCUUUGAAGAUAUUGGUAGAAUAUUGAAGGAAUAAUUCCGCUUAUGCACUUCUCUUUCAUAGAAUCAUGCUCUCAAAAGUAAACUAAAAGACCAUUCUGAUAACUAAAAAAUUCUAGAAACACUAGAAAAAUAUACUGAAAAAUAUUUCGGAUUAGGAAAGAAGUUCAAAAAGGUGUAUCGCGAAGAAAAGAAAUAAUAUAUCGACUGCCAUAUCAUUCAUUUCUAUAAGCUUUUCUAUAAGAUUAAAGUUUCAUACUAGAAUCAAGAAUACAAUAUUUCAUCUGUCUUGCUUGAAAUGCAAGAAGCAGAAUACAUCUCAUCAAAUAAAAAGAAAUCAGCAGCAUCUGAAUUCUUUGCUAAUUUCUAACCUGAUGAGAAAUAAUCCUAUUUCGAUUUCUUAUAUUUAGUGUAUCUCUGUACUAAAAAGUUUAUGGAUUAACACAAAAAUCCUGGCUUGUACAAUCAAGCUCAUAAACUCUAGAAACCUGAAGAUUUUGAAAAGGCAAAACCAAUAUUUAGCAGCAUAAUUAAAUAUUGCAAUGAUUUUGUUGAAAAAAAUAUUAGGAGCGUGGAUUCCUAAUUUGAAAAGACCUUAUUAGAAGCUAAACACAAUGCCUAAGUUACAGAUUAAGUUUGA